CUCCAAAGUGCUACUUUCCUUAAUUUUGUGGCACCACAACACUCCGCACGCGAGAUUUUCAUCUCUUUUCCGUCGAAGUUCAACCCCCUUUCCUUCCUCAGUCAUUUUUAGGGUUUCCAAUUUCUUCGAUGGCGCCCGAUCCUAACCGCGCCGGCACCAGCGCCAGCACCAGUGCGGCCAAAGACGACGCCGUUUCAAAGAAGAAGGUCGAGAACGAAGAUCUAUCCGACGAGGAUUUGGCGUUGAAGCAGCAGCUAGACCUUUACGUGGAGAGGGUUCAAGAUGCCGACCCGGGAUUGCAAAAGGUUGCACUCGAGAGCAUGAGGCAAGAAAUUCGAACUUCCACGAGCUCUAUGACUUCCGUUCCUAAACCCUUGAAGUUUCUUCGCCCGCAUUAUGGAACUCUUAAGACGUAUUAUGAAACUAUGGCGGAGUCUGAUUUGAAGAAGUACCUUGCAGAUAUAUUGUCGGUUUUGGCGCUCACAAUGUCUGCCGAAGGAGAACGAGAAAGCCUCAAGUAUAGAUUACUAGGUUCAGAGGGCGAUAUUGGUUCCUGGGGCCAUGAGUAUGUUAGGAAUCUGGCCGGAGAGAUUGCACAAGAAUAUGCCAAACGGCAGAGUGAAGAGACUCCUAUAGAUGAUCUCAUGGAACUCGUGCAACAAAUAGUUGCUUUUCACAUGAAGGUACAGUGUGAUGCAUUACUAUGA